UUUCUCAUUUCAUUCGUAUACAUUUGUCAUAAAAAGCGAAAUGAGUAAGAUACUAGCUCAAUUCUUCUCCAUCAUCUCAUUUUCUUAGUAAGAAAAUCACUAGUCCUAACAACAUCCAUGACUUGCAACAAGCGUGAUAAGAAUUCUGCAAUCCGUUUCUUUAAGAUCAUCACAGCAACAAGUCUUGAAGCUGGAAAAUUGAAGGUUCCAAAUGGUUUCACUAGGAAACAUGGUGGUGAUGUGUCAAAUUCAGUGUUUCUGAAGCCUCCAGAUGACAAAAAAUGGAAGAUACACUGGACUAAAGAUCAAGAUGGUUAUAUUUGGUUUGAAAAGGGUUGGAAAGAAUUUGCUUCAUACUACUCCCUUGAUCAUGGCCACUUGAUAUUGUUUGAAUACAACAAGACAGUGCCUUCUCAUUUUGAAGUCCACAUAUUUGACAAAAGUACCCUUGAAAUAGAAUAUCCUUUCCAUGGGAGUAAAGAUGAACAGAACAACUUUGAUCAGAUUUUGGAUGAGAGACAGAAAUGUAAGAAGAGUAGACUGAAAUCACCAGAGUCAUGUCCUCAGCCAAGGAAGAAAUUGAGAACUUGCACAAGUGGAAAUGUUGGAAGAAGCUCCAAAUUGCCAAAGAUGCCUCAGCAUGUUAAUGGGACAGAAUUUGAGAACUCAACAUUUGCUGAUGGGAAUGUGGGUGGUGGUGCCCUUGAAUGCCUAAAAAGGAACAAGUUAACUUGUAAAAAUACUAAAAUCCCCUCUUUCAGAUCUGUUAUUAAACCUUCCUAUGUUAGUGAAUACUUGCAUGUUCGAUUAGAUUUUGCAAAAAAGCAUUUGGAGAACAACCAAAGUGAUAUCAUCAUCCUUCAUGACAUGGAUGGGAAAACUUGGAAUGUUAAAUAUCUUCAUGGAAGAAGUAGAAUCAGUUCUGGAUGGAGGAAAUUUGUGUUAGACAAUAAUUUGAAAGUGGGGGAUGUUUGUGAUUUUGUGUUAACCAAAAGCCAACCUCUUUCUUUCAAAGUAUCAAUCUUGCAACUUGGGGGAGAUCAACCACAUUCUACUCCACCACAAGAAUCUAGAGUUAAUGGCUUAGACCCUGCAGCAAUAAUCAUAGAUGAAGAACGUGAAACUACUAUUAACAGGAAAGCUCUAAACCAAGCAAAUGAAUUCGCCUCAGAAUUGGAAAAUCCCUAUUUCAUCGUCCAGAUAAAGCCAAGUAACCGGAGGGAUUACAGACAGCAGGAAGUAUGUAUUGACUUUGUCAGAAACUACUUCAGUCGAAAGCAGUGGUUGAUGUUACGAUUUGAAAAGAAACCGUGGCGUGUGAAGUUGAACCGUUAUCCUAACGCGGGUACUGCCAAGUUGUGUAAAGGUUGGGCCAGGUUUGCAAGAAAAAUUAAAUUGGUAGCUGGAGAUGUUUGUGUAUUCGAACUCAUCAACAAGGAAGAUGCACAUGCUGUGCCUGAGCUUGAUGUUCAUGUUUUCAAAGGCUAAUGCCUAAGGUUAAGGCAAUAAUAUAUUUGUAGCUGCUUUGGUAAGGUUAAGGUAAAUCUAUGAACAUGUUAUCUCUACUUCCCAAUACAAUGGGUGAAACUGAAAUUGAUCUUUUUAUGGUAAUGUAAAUGUAAGUAUUAAUCCUUAAAUAUGUAAAUCCUGAACAGAUGAUCAUGUUUGUAAUGCUUUUUGGUGAUGGGCGUAAUGUACCUAAGUUGGCUAAAUAUGUGGUACUUUGGUUGCAGAGUGAAUUCUGUAAA